AUGUUGAGAAGGGAGAACUCCUGCGCAAAAUGCGGAAAUUCUUCAAAAAAGCGCAACGUCUUUUACCCUAAUGUGUGGACGACGUUGAAGGCCGAGCUUAUCCUUCGGGAACGACUCACGCAGCCUAACCCCAUUCUUUAUAUCUUGUCGGUUUCAGAAGUGAAACAGAAAGACAAAGAAAAUGAGGACGGGAAUAUUCCCACUUUGCCAGACGGCAAUAUCACCGCUGGGGGUCAGAAGAUCCAGAGUGGGAAUUCAGUUCCUGAAGUGCCUGACACACCUGCGCUAGACGCAAUUGGCUUGAAGCCUCCUUCUGUACAUCCAACACCUCCACUUGGGAAGGUGGGAUCUCCUGAUCUUGUUAUUUUGGAUGAUUCAGAAGCAAUAACCCUAGAUCCUGACAUCUUGGAGAUUUUGGGCGCAGACCCUUCAAAACCUCCGGAUACAGAAAUCUCCCUUCAUGGGGAUCUCGAGUCGCGCUGGAGUUUUUGGCUAUCCUCUAACCUCCAGAAGGAUGAACUGACCAAGCUAAUGGAGCGUUAUCCUCGUAAGUCCACCAAGUGUCUUUUUGAGGCCCCAACGCUCAAUCCGGAGAUUGCUUCGAUCUCGACAGAGGCUUUGGUCCAAAGAGACAAGAGGUUUUGUGCCUCUCAAAAUCUCUCCGGUUCUGCUCUAGUCGCACUAGGGGUAGCAAUUUCGAGUUUGCUCUCGGAAGAUGAUGUCGACAAGUUAGCCUUGAUCCAGAACUUGUACGACGCGGGGAAAAUGAUGACCCAAGUUCAUCAUGGCUUUUCCUUAACCAGACCUGCGUUCAUAUCGUCCAGUCUGAAUAAGCAAGUGCGCAGCACUCUGGAGGCUACGACUCCGGUUAAACACCUAUAUGGUUCUAACCUUUCUGAAAAGGUUAAGGAGGUCAAAACCAUGGCUAAAUUGGGUCAAGAUCUCAAAGUCACUGCUCCUCCACCGAAGAAACAAAGGUCUUUAAACUCGAAGAGCCCGUUUGUAUCGUGGAAAAAGCAGACGGGCCAGAGGCCGCGGAUUCCAGCCAGAUCAACCUCCAACACCAGUCGGAGGCCAUCCUCGAAACGCUCUGUCAACCCUCAGUCGACGUCAACGUCGGCAAAGUCAUCCAAUACUCAGGAGAAGAAGUGGUAAGAUCUGCAGGCUCGCUCAGGCAUUUUAUUUCCAAUUGGACAUCAAUUUGCUCUGAUGCUUUUGUCCUGGAGUGUGUGAAGGGAUACAAAAUCCCCUUCAUGUCUGUUCCU